AUUCAGAACGUUUUAAACCAAAAGCGAGCGAUUCACUUGGUGAUCUCAUAUCUUUUAUGGAAUUCACAACUUCUUGUAUCUUUUCUGCUCGCCCAGUCCAUUUUGAUUCUCUUCUUCCUCGAAGUUAUUUGGUUAAUUAUUUCUAUUCGUUCGGGGGGACACCACUCCUUCCGCUUCAAUAUUAUUUCAAAGAAGAACAUUAUAACAACGCAAUUGAUAAUUUAUUUCAUCAAACGAAAACCCUUCUCAAAAUGCUAAUCCAUAAAAAAAUUUUUUCCCCACCUAUUAUCCUUCGACUGAUACGGAUUCUGGUUCUUAUUGGCCUGAACGAAUAUAGACUUGCGAAGAUGGUCACUUAUUCUUUUGAUAUGUUUUACCCCUUACUUCACUCCGGAAGAUUCAGGACAUAUCUUCAAGAGGAUAGCAUGCCACGCCUUGCAGGUGUUCUAAAUAACGAUCUCAAAGGGACAGGCUGCGACUCUCUUCUCAUUGUCUACUAUAAAUGUGGGAAAGAAUCGAGAUUUGAUGAUCUUGAGAAGUUCGGCAUCGAAAAGCUUACAUAUAACUCUAUCGAAGAAUUCCGUUCUUCACUUAGAAAUAUGAUGGUUCCAGAAGUUUCCGGAGAAAAAACUGCUCCAGCCAUUAAAUUUUUAACUCAGUCAAACAAAGAAAGCGAACAGAAUUCUGCUUCAAUACUCGUAACCAAUGACGAUGACAACGACGAAGAUAAUGAUUAA